GAUUCGAUGUCGCCUCAUAUGACGCAUCCAUUACUACUGUACAGUGAAUUUACUAUUAUUUUACGUGAUUAAGUGUAGCAAUUGUGCCUAAUUCGUGUUCUCUUGCUGCUCACGAGCCGUACAAGACCAUUUAUAGUGCGUAAGAAGCCACAGGAACAGUAAAAAUGGCCUCACAACCGAUUUUCAACCCGGUGAUCCCGUGUGUGCAGCCGAUCCCCGGCGGAGCGUACCCGGGGCUCAUGAUCCGCAUCCGAGGGUCCUCCUUCCCCAAUGCUGAGAGAUUCGCCAUCAACCUCCAGUGCGGCCCCAACACGGACCCUCGCGACGACAUCGCGCUCCAUCUCAACGUGCGCUACGACCACAUGUGCAUUGUCAGGAACCACCUGGCCAGCAUGAGCUGGGGGCCCGAGGAUGUGGACGGAGCCAUGCCCAUAGCCAGGGGACAGGCUUUUGAAGCGCUUGUGUUGGUUGAACCGAGCUCGUUCAAGGUGGCGUUCAACGGCGUCCACUUCUGCCAGUUCUCGCACCGGCUGCCGUUCCAGCGAGUGAGCCACCUCACCAUCGACGGAGACGUGUCCGUGCAGAGCAUCGGGUUCGAGGGAGCCGCGCCGCCGCCGCAGUAUGCGCCGCCACAGCAACAAGGCUACUACGGCGCACCUCAACAGCCAGGAGCAUAUGGCGGAGGACAGGGCUACGAGCCUCCCCCGAUGUACACGCCGGGAGUACAAGGCAUGCCCAUGCAGCAGCAGCGCAGUGGCAUGGGCACGGGCGCCGCGGUGGGGCUCGGGGUGGGGGCCCUGGCCGCCGGGGGGCUGGCCGGGUACGCGCUGGGUGGAGGGUUCAGCAGCCACGACAGUCCUGUUGAUGAGGUUCAAGUGGCAGAGUUCGGCGGAGACGACUGGAUGGACUGAGAAGACUAGGAUCAACCAACAAGUUGCCUUACACGCUAGUUGAUAAGUAUCAAAUUCAAUUCAUUCGUAGUUAGAUAUUUGUGAAUACAAAAACUAGACAUUGGCCUUGUUCACUUAAUUCACGUUCGCACGUCUGUUUUGUGUUCAUGAAUAUGAUCAAAUUAUUUAUUAGAGUAUUGAAAGAGUAUUUACUAUAAUAUAUUAUUAUUAUGAGGCUAGCUUGCCAACGAUGAUAUAAAGUGAUGAGUAUAAUAAUUAUUAAUAAUGUUAAUGUUGUGCAAAUAUUGCAAAUACUUAUUGCAUGAAGUCAUUGUAUAAAAUAUUUUUAUUAUAAUACUAUGAUCAAAAUAUUUAAAAUUGUGCUUAAGUGUGAUUUUUCUAAGUGGUCUGUGGGUAAGUCUGCAAUGUCGUGUUUCAAUGUUAUUUUUAAUUCAUGAAAAUUUUAAUUCUUGUGCAUUUGCCAACAAGCUGAUAAAAUAAAUCUCGAACUUAGAUAGGUAAAUAGUAGCUAGUAGUAAGCACGUUAUGCCGUUGCUCUUUUAAAGUAGUACAAUUUAUUUACACGUUUUAAGCAAACAAAAUAUCGAAGAUAAUUAAUAAUUUGUUAAUAUUAUUAUUACGUAUAAAUUAUUAGCAAACCUUGCAUGAUACCAAUUAUUAUACAGAGUGUUUUAAUUAUUAACAAGAACCGUAAAACAUAAUGAUGUCGUUGAAAUAUACGAAAAAUUAAGUGUU